GUGUGUGUGUGUGUGUGUUUGCUCGGUUUAAGGCAGAGCUGCAGUUCAGUGGAGUCACAGGAUGGCACGCAGGCGGUUGGGACGCGCUACAGCACGGAAACACACGCACAUUUAACACGUUUCUGGAAGAAUAUGAACUGGGAUUAGAUUUUCUGUUCAUCCACAUGGACGGAAUGAAGCUCGCUGCGGAUUUAUUUGAAGUUUACUUUUGGUUUAAUCGCGAUGAGACGCGCUGGCAGUGACCGCGUAGUGUGGUGAUCGGUGAUGGAGGUGGAGGAGUGUAAGGUCUCGGUGUGGGUUUGCCGGGAGGAGAAGCUGGUGUCGGGGGUGACGAGGCGCACGAACUGCGCGGAUCUGGUGCGGGUGCUGCUGGAGGACCGGAGCUCACCGGCGCUCACGGGCUCCGUGCAAUCCUACUGCAUCGUGGAGAAAUGGCGCGGAUACGAACGCGUGCUGCCCAACAGGACAAAGAUCCUGCGCCUGUGGACUGCGUGGGGUCGCGAGCAACCCAACGUGCGCUUCGUGCUGGUCAGAAGUGACGCGUCGUUACCAAGCACCGGGCCGCGCAGCGCAGAGGCUCGUGUGGUCCCCAGUAAAGAGAGUCGGUGCGCGGAUACAAGCGACCCCGCGACCCCGGUGCCUGUAAUGACGGCUGAGGCAGAGAUCUCACAGGAGAAACGGCGUCGCGUGGUCCGAAAAGCUUUCCGCAAGUUAGAGAAGUUCAACAAGAAGAAAGAGGAGACGUGUGUGGAGGAGUUCUCUGAGAGGAUGGAGACUAUGGUGCACCUCGUCCUCUCGCAGGACCACACCAUCCGGCAGCAGUCGCAGCGCAUCCGUGAGCUGGACAGUGAGAUCGAGAGACACGAGGACAGGGUUCACACGGACAGAAUGAGGCGCCACGGGAUCAACUACGUGCAGGACACCUACCUAGUGGACGCGGGGGACAGCGCGAAAGCGAGCCCGGUGCUCGACGCAGAAUUGAUGGAGACAAAUUGCGACCAAAUUAUCCGACUCCAAGAGCAGCUGGACGAGCAUCACGCGCUGGUGGAGAGACUCACCGGAGAAAUCCAAGAGGAGCUUGACCGCAGAUGGAUGACACGGCGAUGUGGAGACGCGGACGAAACGGAGGAGAUCCAGCAAGCAGAGACUCCAGUUUGCCAAAAAGACGUGCGUUUAGAGGAGGAGAGGAUCAAAACUCAGCUGGAUACGAGCUCAUACAUCGGACUGCGUAUAAACACCGACCUGCAGGCUGUGCAGAGCGAGCUGGACGCGAGCCUGGAGGUGUGGGCUGAGAAAGAACGUGAUCUAAGGGAUUUACUGGAGAAACUGAACUCAUGUGGUGACUGCGAUGAAGACGCAGGUGAAGGAGACGCUGUGUUUACAAAUGAUGGUCAGCCUCCACCUCCACCACCAUCUUCUGUGGACCACAGUGACUGCUGGGAGGAGAGGGUGCGAGGACUUUCAAAAACUAACCCUAGUGGCAACGACGAUGAUUCGGAUACUGGACUGAGCUCAAUGCACAGUCAGGACUCAGAUAACGCAGCGGUGUGUGAGUCACUGGUGUGAGCACUGAUACUCUGGAGAAGGACAACAGCCCUGGGGCAGGAGGCCCAGUGCAAAAGAGGCCAAGAAAGUGUCAGAUUCCUGCUUCUGUACCUUUGUACCUGAGUGUCAGACAAAUAAUCUGAACAGUACUGAUGGAUAGUGAUUAAUCAACGAGUCGGUUCUUUUUUAAAAAAGAAAAUCUUCUGAAGUGAAACGAGUGAAUCCGUUCACAGACACAAAGCAUUUAAAUGAAUGAAUCUAAGUAUUAAAAGCGGUUCGUCUUCGUUAGACGCUGCUCCUACUCGACAAGCAUCACUUCCUCUGAUGAAGCACCGAGUCUGACUCAGCGAUCGCCUCUAAAACGAACCUAUUAUCUGCCGUUAGCGGCGUUUCAUUACGCAGCAUCGUGUAGCCACUUUAAAGGCUUUCUGAUUUCUAUGGCUUUGAUCCUAAACAGCAGGAAAUGUGUCGUUCCAGAAGAUUCUGCGUGUGUAAUGAACCUGCAGCGAGUGAAGACGGCCGAUUGUUUUAUCCGAGCUUCUUUGAAGAUUCGACACACAGAUUAUAAAGACCACCAAUUUACCGCACAUUCUCCAUAAACACAAUUAUGGGGAUAAAUGAGCUGUGAAUGUUUUUUAUUAUUAUUAUUAUUAUUUUAAUAUUCAUUUAUAGUCUUUUAAAAUGAUGAAGGAUCUUUCGGCUCUUUAUGGGUUUUAAAAUUGAACGAGGAUCAGGAUCGGGCCCCGAGCGUGUCACAUUAAACAUCUCAAAGACCUCA